GACUUUCAUGUUCCUCGCUUAUUGACUCUUGUGUCUCGCGUCCUGACUCUUUCCUUCCCUUUUUCUCCUCUAGCACCUGUUUCUCACUUUCUACAUGGCCAGCUUUCAACCUCAACCCUCAGAUUUCACCCAAGUGGAACUCGAACAAGCCCUCUCCGAACAGUCCUUCGGAAUCACUAGCUACAAGAUCACUAGUUCGACUGAUCUUCAAGCUUCUGCUCGCGUAGUCUUACUCGAGGGAAACACCAUCACCAUUUCUCUGACUUCACGGGGAUAUGAGGUUAUAGAUUCUUCUUCUGCUGAGCCCGAAUCAAAUCAGGCGGGAAACAUUUUCGAAGAUGUUGAACAUCUUCUACAGUCCGUCAGUAAUCAAUAUAGCAACGCAAGGCAAAAGGCUCUUAUGGAGAGGUUGACCUUGCUCUCCGCUGAGACAUCACCAUGAGCGUAGUCUAACAUGAGUGUUGUCAGAAUCAUUCGACAACUAAGAUGAUCCCUUUCUAAUCUAUGGACCCUCAAGCCCUCACCACCGGAUGACAGG